AUGGCAUCUACGGCUAGCAGCUCCUUUUUUCAGCGCAUACCAGCUGAGGUGCGCCGGAUGAUUCUCAUUGAGGCCUUUGGGAAUCGUACUGUGCAUCUAGAUCUUUGUUUCGACCACCCUAUGGUUUAUUUAUCCGACGAGGAGGCGCAGAAGCAACGUAACCAUUAUACUAUCGACCCCGGACGGGCCCGCCGCCCAAAGCGAGAUACCACACGUCCUAAGGCAUGGAGGUGGUUUAGCUGCGUAUGUCAUCGUGACGCUGAAUUUCGCAUACGGGGGAUGGGCAGCAGUUCGGAACCAUAUGCUGACAUUUGCCUCGGCGGUACCGCCGGAUCCUGUCGUGGAUGGCGCGGAGAAAUCCCCUAUAGAUGCUUUAUAGGCGUUAUGGGAUGGCUUCUGACUUGUAGACAGGCAUAUACAGAGGGCAUUGAAAUCCUCUACUCUACAAAUAACUUCCAUAUCUCUAACGGCGAUAUGAUUCAUGCCUUCCCUGGUUUAAUUAGAGCUGAACACCGAGCCAUGAUCACCUCCGUAGAGAUGAUGUGGCAACUCAACUUACACACAAACGCGGCGUCGGGCUGGGAUCAUCUUACCGCUUUGGUACGUGCGGUUCCAAAUUCUUUUUCUGGGUUGAGGAAGCUUUAUAUUUGUCUCGGUGGUUCUUGGAAACCACCAACAAUUAGUCCUGAUAAUUGUAUAGGGGAGUUGGAAACUAGUGUAUUAGAAGUUAUGGAUGAAAUGAUAAGGAGUCUUGGCCCGCAGUUGCAGGAAUGCAGCAUUGCGGUACCAGCUAGUAUAUUCUGGCCCCAGCGAGAGUACGGUAUAAGGCAAGGGUAUAAGUUUGAAUCUGGCCCUGGAUAUGUGGCUGAUCGUGUCUGGCGGCCACUCGCACCUUUGCGAGAGUCUGAAAACGAAGAGGAGAUUGAAUCUGGGUACUGGAUUAGAGAAGGGCCUGACGACAUACCUUAUCCAUUCGCACAUAUAAUUGCUGGCUAA